AUGUCUCCCAGUCUUACUUACCUCAUCACCGGCGCAAACCGUGGAAUUGGCCAAGGUUUCGUGUCCCUCUUGCUCCAGCGCCCUUCCACAACCGUCAUUGCCGGUGUCCGCGACCCGUCGAACUCCUCUUCCAAGGCCCUUGCCGAUCUCCCUAAGGGUGAGGGUUCCAAGCUCAUCGUCGUCAAGAUCGAUUCGUCUGUCGAGUCUGAUCCAGCCUCCGCCAUUGCAACUCUCCAGAAGGAGCAUAACAUCACCUUUCUCGACGUCGUCAUCGCCAACGCCGGAAUUUCCCACUCCUCCGAAUCGGUUUCUAAUGUAGACAUCAAGUCCACUCUGGACCACUUCACCGUCAACUCAGUCGCGCCGUUGAUCCUCUUCAAUGCCGCGGCGCCGCUGCUCAAGGCCAGCGCAAGCAAGAACCCCAUCUUUGUCGCAAUCUCGUCGUUGAUGGGAAGCAAUGGCGCCGCAGAUAAGGUUGCCCAGAUUCCGGUGCCAAUUAGCCCUUAUGGCGCCAGCAAGGCCGCGCUGAACUGGUUCGUGCGGAGGCUGCACUUUGAGGAGCCUUGGCUGACGGCUUUUGUAUUCCACCCGGGUCUGGUGGAGACGGAUAUGGCGGCGCAGUUGGCAGAGACGCGAGGAUUCGAUUUGAAACUUUUCGGCGCCAUUACUGUGAAGCAGAGUGUUGACGGAAUGGCAGCUGCUAUUGACAAGGCCAACAGGGAGAGCAGUGGAACGUUCAAGAACUACGACGGAACUGACCUACCUUGGUAA